GCGCGUACCUCGUCGUGAAACAAGCUAGCCGUACGCAGCCAUUGUUGUUUCGGUAGCAGUAAGAGAAGGUGUUCAGUGAGAAUUUUAGUAAUAGACUUAAAGUAGUUUCAUGUUAUCUAAGGAAACAAUGGCAGAAACACAAGAAUAUACUAUGAAUGGUGGAGAAGAUUUUGCUCAAGAUGUGAAAGAGCAAGAACAAGUUAACGGAGGCGGUGAAGAAGGAGCCGGCGAUGCGUCUCGUGAAAAUGGAAGCGCCGAAGCUCCUGGCCGUGACGACGAUAGGAAACUCUUUGUUGGUGGACUUAGUUGGGAAACAACUGAUAAGGAAUUGCGUGAACACUUCGGUGCAUAUGGAGAUAUCGAUAGCAUUAAUGUUAAAACUGACCCCAGUACUGGUCGAUCACGAGGAUUUGCAUUCAUCGUGUAUUCAUCUCCUGAAUCCAUUGAUAAAGUUGUUGCUGUAUCUGAACAUAUAAUUAACAACAAGAAAGUAGAUCCAAAGAAAGCCAAGGCCCGCCAUGGAAAAAUUUUUGUUGGAGGUUUGACGACUGAAGUCAGCGAUGAUGAUAUCAAAAACUAUUUCAAUCAGUUUGGGACGAUCAUAGAAGUUGAGAUGCCAUUUGACAAGACGAAGAAUCAACGGAAAGGUUUCUGUUUUAUAACUUUUGAAUCUGAGCAAGUUGUCAAUGAGUUAUUGAAAACACCAAAACAAACGAUUGCUGGUAAGGAAGUAGAUGUGAAAAAAGCCACUCCCAAGCCGGACAACAUGCAAGGAAUGCGCGGUGGUCGUGGCGGUCGCGGAGGCAGAGGCGGACGUGGAGGUAGAGGUUACGGUCAAGGUGGUUGGGGAGGUAACCAAGGAGGUUAUGGCGGUGGUUAUGGUGGCUACAACCAGGGUGGAUAUGGAGGUGGUUAUGAUGGUUAUGGCGGUGGCGGCUAUGAUUACUAUGGAGGUGGCUAUGGAGGUUAUGGCGGUUAUGAUUAUGCUGGCUACCCCAACUACGACUACGGCGGCUAUGGGGGAUUUGAAGGGGGCUUUGGAAACGGUGGUCGUACAGGGGGUCCCCGUGGUGGCAAAGGUGCAAGCGGCGGAUAUGGCGGUGGAAAGCAACGUGGUGGUGGUGGUGGACGCCAACAGAGGCACCAGCCCUAUUAAUAACUUAUAGUGAUCCAGUUCAUCUUCCAUUCAGUUCAUAAUAUAUUUCGUUCAUGUGGAGCUCUUUCUAUACUUCCUCAGAAGUGGAAGAGGAAAGAUUUAACUUUAAGUGCGUUCUAAACAUCUGUACAAAUCUUAGUAUUUAGUUAAGAAUGCUCAUUGGCUUCUUACCUAAUGGAGAGUAAGAUAAAAUACUAUGUGAAUUAAUUUAGGUAUAGUUUUGUAUUAAUUUGUGGGUAAAUGUAGAGAUUUUCUCCUUUUAUUUCAUUAUGUAAUUCUCAUUGAAAGUGUAUUAGGAAAUGUAUAAAUUAAUAUUUUUUGUUUUAAUAUUUUAAGUGAAUGAACGAUACUCUUUUUGAGUAAAAACA